UCAUGGCGUCCAGCAAGCACGAGUUCAGAGUCACAUUGCCGGCUACUGAUGCAGAUGAUGUCGACUUGACAAUUGAGGAUAAUUUUGCUGUAUUCGAAGAAGCAGAUAUACAAGAGAAGAGACCUGUCAUCAUUUUACUCGGCUGGGCUGGCUGUGUUGACAAACAUCUAGCAAAAUACAGUGAAAUCUACGAAAAGAGAAGAUUGAUCACGAUCCGCCAUAUCUUUCCGACAGAAGCUAUGUUCUACAACUUUGGUCUGCUGAAGCCUAUUGCUAAGAAGGUCCUUGAUGUUAUCUUUGAACAAAACCUGCAGGAUCACCAGAUCGUGUUCCACAUCUUCAGUAACGGUGGCUGCUUCGUCUACUGCCACAUCAUCGACUUCCUCCACUCCCAAGAGCGAUACAAUCAGCUGCAGGUGAAGGGCUGCAUCAUUGACAGUGCUCCAGGGAAGAGGAGGGUAAUGAAAGCUGCUCAGGCUUUCAUGGCUACACUUCGCAUGAACAUCAUCCUGAAAUACAUCCUUGGAUUCUGCAUCAUGAUCUAUCUGUUCUUCUCCAGGCUCAUCGGACAAUUUCUUGGAAAAGAGAAGGGUUCCGGAAACCCAUUUUUCUUGUAUGAAAGCAUCUGUGAAGACAAAGGAAGGUACCCACAACUGUUCCUGUUUUCUCGAAAGGACCGCGUGAUUCUGCAUGAAGAUGUCCAAGAAGUCGUUGACCGCCGUAAGCAGCAUGGAGUAGAUGUGUGGAGUGUUUGUUGGGAUGAUUCGGACCAUGUCGCGCACUUCCGCGUCCACAGAGAAGCUUACAUUCAAAAGUGCAAUGCGUUUGUCUCCCACUGUCUUAAGCUACAGAAUCCGAGUUGACUAAGUAUGCUAUAGGGGUUGGAUGAGACACAUAUAUAUUUGUAAGGUCUGUGAUCUGUGAUCAGGAAGUUUUUAAAUCAAUGAGUAAUAUGUAAAAGCAUUUAGACUGAUGAUCAAAAUGGAAUUAGUCAAAACAGGGAACAAUGAUUUAGCAGGUUUUUAACUGAUUUAGGAACUUCUUUUACAGAUCCUCAUGCCACACUUUGGUCAUUCCAUCACCUGCACCCCUCUUCUGCAUCCCUCACUAAAAUAUAACUUAAAAAAAGAACAAUUCUGUAAUAAGAAUAAUCAUGAUGUCUUUGAAUGGCAUUUAGAAGUGAUACACAUAAGGAAGAAAGAGGCAGAGAACAUGUUCUUACAUGUACAUAUAUAUGCUCUCUGCCUCAUACUAUACAUUCACCUAAUGAUGGAGUAAGGACCUACUCUGAUAUGUGUUCCUCGUUAUAAAGAAGUUGACAUCCAUAAAAACUCUCUUCCUUAAAUAUCAAUUUUCAAUAAAUAUUGGAGAAUAAACUAGGAGUAAAAAUGUCAAAAAUUAUCUGAAAAAAAUCAACAUAAUUUACAUCGCUGGUGACAUAUUAAUGCAUAGAUUACUAACAAACAUAAUCAUGAAUAUAAUUGAGAAGCAGCCCAGAAAUAAAGACCCAACUUUGUGUAUUGUGAAUGAAUUGAAAUUUCAUCACAAAUGAUCAUGUAUGAUAUUACAUGACACAAUUUUCAUAACGAUAAUCGU